AUGGCUGAAAAUCAUGCUGUUGUCAUAGGUGCAUCCGGACUUAUUGGCUGGGGCGUUGUGAAUGAACUCCUCUCAAAAGAUUCAAUUUCAGCCGGCACUUUCAGUAGGGUCACGGCGCUCGUCAAUCGCCCCAUCAAGCGGGAUGAAAGUUUCUGGCCGAAGAGCCACCCAAGCCAACCAGAGCUUCUCCUGGUCGAUGGCGUUAACAUGAUGGACGAGCAAGAGAAAGUCACGACACUGCUCAGGGACAGGAUACCGGAUGCCCAUACCAUCACUCAUGCUUUCUAUUUCGUCUUCAGAGCGAAUGAUGGCGAUCAGGAAGCGGAAGUGCAGAUGAAUACCAACAUGAUGGCCUGCUUCAUCAACGCGAUCGAGUCGCUCACCACGAGUCUCAAAUUCUUCGUCUUCCCAGGAGGAACACGAGGCUACGGCAUCUACCGCCCAGGCGGCAUGUUCACCGCGCCGCUCGACGAAUCACUCAUCGACACACUCCCCGACGACUACGCCAAGACAGUCACGUACCCAUCGUUUCGGCGCCUGCUCGCCAAAGCAAGCGAGGGCAAGUCCUGGACGUGGUGCGAGAUCUGCCCUGAUGCAGUCAUCGGCUUCGCGCCCAACGGCAGCGGGUGGUCCCUCGCCGCCCACUGGGCCACCUACCUCAGCGCGUGGCGGCUCAAGCACGGCGAGGGGAGCGAGGUGGCCUUCCCAGGCACGCUUUCUGGCUACGAUUCCAAGUUCACCGAAGCGAGUACGAGGGCGCUAGCCCGCUUCGCCAUCUACGCCUCUGUGCUGAGACCGGAGGCGUGCGGUGGCGGCAGGACCUUCAACGUGGCGGACGCCGAGGGGCCUGCCACCAUGCGGGAGAGGUGGCCGCAAAUCGCGGCAUGGUUCGGGUUAAAAGGGGUGGCUCCACCGUCCGAUGGCUAUCGGGGAAGUAAGCCAAGCGAGUUCAUUCACGAAAACAGGAAGCUGCUCGAAUCGGCAGGAGUAAGAGGUGUCAGUGUUUGGCAUUCGGAUCAGCUAGACAGCUAUGGUUAUUGGCUUACGUUCGAUCGCCACCUUAGCCUUCGUCGCCUCCGGCAAGAGGCAGGAUUUUCUGAGCAAAGUAGACCGGAGGAGGGAUGGUGGAAAGCGUUCGAGCUGUUCAGGGAAGCUGGCAUGAUUCCGUAUUUCCAGGCUUAUGAAAACGCGAGCAAACAGAGACCGUACAUAGUUCAAUUCUGCACCUCGUUGGCAAUCUGGCUCAGCGCCGACAUUCUAGCCCAGCAGAUUGGAGCAGAAGAGUACGACGCGACACAGACUGCGCGGAUGCUGCUCAUCGGCGGUGCGGCAUCAGUACCCAUGUACAGAUGGUUCAUUUUUGUGUCCACACGAGUUCAGUUCAGGUCUGGACUCCCCAAGAUUAUCAACGCCACCCUUACUGUUGCGACUCGCACAGCCAUCACAUGCUGUAUUAUGACACCAGUGAUGAGCACCUACUUCUUCAGCAUGCAGUCUUUUCUAUCUGGCCACGGUAUAGCAAGCACCUGGGAACAUCUGCAACGAACUUUGCCACAGAGCUGGGAAUCUGCAUUCCGCUUUUGGCCUGUUGUCAACGCUGUCAACUUCUCUGUCGUGCCGGCGCAUUUAAGAGGGAUCUUCCAAGCUUUUGCAGGGCUGGCCUGGCAGACAUAUCUGGCGUGGCUGAAUAGGCAGAAGAUGGAUCUGAAGUCGGCUGGGGCAGGGACAUGCCGAAUUGCAGAAGAGUCCAUCGUGAUGAGGAGCAAGUCAUCGAAGCAGAGUCAGUGUUGA